AUGAAAGGAUUUUUUACAAUACCUAGAAAAUAUCAUGGAAAUGGACCAGUUUUAUUCAAAUGGCAGUCUAUGUCCGGAAAUUUCCUCGUUACUACUGGGAAUGAUCAAGUUGUAUACAUAUUUGAUAGGCAUGGAGAAAAAAUAUAUGACUUGGCCUUGCCUGGCACUUGUUGUGGAAUAUCAUGGGAUAAAGAUGGAACAGUUCUCUGUCUUAUCUGUGAACAUUCAAGCUCUUUGUUGUUAUGGGAUUCUAAUACCAAAAGUGUUACGUAUGUUGAUUCAGGAUUCAGAGAUGCUUUGACCAUGGUUGCUUGGUCGAAAAGUGCCCCACUUUUAGCUGUUGGCUCAUUAAAAGGAAAUCUUCUCAUCUAUACCUAUCGUACUUCUAAAAAAGUCACUAUUUUGGGCAAACAUAACAAGCAAAUAACAUAUGGAGCAUGGAGUCAGCAAAAUUAUUUGGCUCUUGUUGCUAGUGAUAAAACUUUUACUUUAAGUAAUGCUGAUGGAGAUUUAGUUUAUCGCACUACUCUGAAAGGAGAACCAUCUCUAGUACAGUUUUCAUCAAUGAAACAGGACUCAUCUGGAGGAGGAGAAACCACAGUCAGUCUAAUUAUGAGCAAAAAGUCCUUGUUUCUGCUUAAUAUUCAUGACACUGAAGAUCCAAUUGUUCUGACUUUCCAAGAAAAAUAUGGUACUGUUGUUGAUUAUUGCUGGCAUGGGGAAGGUAAUAUACUUUUGGGAUUUUCAUCUGGUUUUUUCAUUGUGUUAUCAACCCUUCUUAAGGAAAUUGGUCAGGAAUUGUAUCAUGUCCAGUGGUUUAACAAUAGUUUAUUGCACAUGGCUGUGUGUUCUAAUGAUAAUAAAGUUAUUGGAUGCGGUGAUGGAAACAAGAUAAAAGUUUAUGACCUGAGAAACUUACAGGAUAUGUUGCAUAUGGUUACUAUUGAUGACGAAAGAUUAGUUGACUGUAUUCAGUGGAGUGAUGACGGUGAACUUUUAGCUGUUUCUGGAAAGGAAGGAAAUCUUCAUGUGUAUUUGACCAAACUUCCUGUUUUGGGAUGUGCUUUUAAUCAAAACCUUGCAUUUCUUAGCUCAUUAUAUGAAGUUUCCGUAUAUUCUGGAGUGAAUAAGGGUGAUGUGAAAAAACUAAAAAUUGACAUAGAACCAAAAUUUAUUGCCCUUGGCAUGUACCAUCUUGCGAUUGGAAUGAACAAUAGAGCUUGGUUUUAUAAGAUCAGUGAUACAGAUAAAACUGAGUUGCUUUAUGAUAGAGAAUAUUUAAGUACUGUUCAUAGUCUAUAUCUAAAUUGCGAAUAUGCAUCAGCUUUAAUUGAAGGAAAAAUUCAAUUGCACAUAAUUGAUGAGCCUAAUUCCCCUUGCAUUGAGCGUGAAUCCAGAAUAUUUCCUGAUGCUGAUCAAAAAAAUACAAUAAUCACUUGCCAUGCUUUGACUAAUGAUUUUCUAAUAUUUGGAACUGAUACAGGAACUAUUCAACUGUUUUCAUUAAUGGAAUGGAAUUUUGCACUCUCAAUAAAUCAUCCUCUGAACUCAGCUAUUAAGCUUUUGUGCCCUGAUGUGCCUGGUACCCGUAUUCUGGUUGUGGAUUCCAAAAGUUCAGGAUUCAUAUAUAAUCCAGUAGAUUCCAGCUUACUGUCCAUUCCAGAUUUCCGACCAAAUGUGAAGAAAGUUCUGUGGGAUAAUUGGCCUCAUUGUAAGGGUGUUUUUAUGACUUUUGAUGAAGAACGAGCUGACUCAUUUAUUUACAUUCGAGAUAGUAUUGAAGGAAGUAAAGUUGAACGAAUUAGUAGUCUUGCUGUUAAUGAUAUUUAUCCUGGGUUGUUACUGGAUGGAGAACUCAUAUUUCUUACACCAGCUGGAAAAACAUCUAGUUUAACUGUUCCUGGUCUUCGUGUGGAUGUUAAUGAUUUGGGACAUGAUGAAACUACUCUCAACAGUAAUUUCAAGGCAGCCUUACAAGUUCGGAGGUUUGAUCAAGCUUUAGCUCUAGCGACUAAUAUAGAUUCAGCUAAAUUAUGGAAUGAACUUGCUGGUGUUUCAAUUUUAAAUUUUGAGUUAGGAACAGCUCUACAAGCAUAUCGAAAAGUUGGAAAUGCACGAAAAAUUCUUGUGUUGGAAGAAAUUAAGGGUGUUGAAGAUAAAAGUCUUUUAGCUGGUCACAUCUCUGAAUUUUUGUUAAAAACCAUGAGCAUGCUAAAAAAACUAUAUUUAAUGUCCUCCUUCCCCAUGGCUGCUUUGGAAAUGUGCAAAAGUCUUCAUCAAUGGGAUUCUGCACUGAAGUUAGCUGUCACUUUAAGUCCAAAUGAGGUGCCUUAUAUCUCUAGAGAAAAUGCUGAACAAUUAGAAUUAAAGGGAAAUUAUACUGCUGCUCGUCGUCUGUAUGAAAAAGGAUUGGUAGAGAAUGUUACUGGACCAGAAGUAGAACAUCAUAAUCAUCUCUGUAAAUCUGGAAUUGCAAGAACAUCUUUAAGAUGCAAUGAUUAUAAGAGGUGAUCUUUUUUUACAUAUGAUGAUUAUAUAAAAAAUCGUUUUAGUAUAAGAAAUUGAACUUC